AGCCACUUUAACACAAGCAGGUUCUGUCUAUUUUUCAGUCUAUUAUUAUAUAAAAUGGGUUUAAUAGUCUUAAACACUGUCUACUAAUAUCUUCUACAUUUGUUGAGAUCUCCAUUUAUUUCCUUUGUUAAGUAUACCUUGUUAACUAGAUGGAAAACCACACCUUCAACAGCCCCAUACUCCAGCUGGAGGGCUUAAAGGUUCCAGAAGAUUCUGUUCAGCUCGUCUUUUUCCUCUUUCUGUUUUCGUACAUCAUUUUUAUGAUUAUGAAUUUGGGAAUUUUAACAAUAAUUUUUAUUGAAAAGAAUCUUCAUCAGCCAAUGUAUGUGCUGUUUUGUAACCUGACCAUCAGUGAUAUCAUUGGAAGUACUCAUAUUUUACCCCGUUUGCUCUCAGACAUCUUACUGCCUCCUGCUGAGCGUCUCAUCGGUUAUUAUGAAUGUGUGGUUCAGGCUUUUAUUACACACAUGUUUGGCACUACUUCACACACUGUACUGAUGGUAAUGGCCUUUGACAGGUAUGUGGCCAUAUGUCAUCCUCUGCACUAUAGCACAAUAAUGACCAGGAAAAUAAUUGUUCAGUUGAUAGUGUUCUCAUGGGGAGCACCAUUUGUUCUGAUUGUAAUUCUGAUUGGUCUGACCGUACGGCUGAACCGAUGUAGGACUCUCAUCACCAACCCGUUCUGUGAUAACGCGUCUCUUUUCAAGCUCUCCUGUGAGAGUGUUGUCAUUAAUAACAUCUAUGGUCUAGCUUUCACUGUGCUGCUGUAUGUAGCAUCUAUUGGCUGCAUUGUUCUAACCUAUGGUAAGAUCACUGCUGUCUGUCUGAGCACUAAGAACAAAUCCUUAAACAACAAAGCCGUUAAGACCUGCAGCACUCAUCUGGUUGUUUAUCUUAUUAUGUCACUGAGUGGUGUAGCAAUUGUCAUUCUCCAUCGAUUCCCUCAGUACUCAGAUUAUAGAAAACUCUCUGCUAUUCUGUUUGUUAUUGUGCCGGGCAGUCUGAACCCUAUCAUUUAUGGUUUACAGUCAAGGGAGAUACGAACUUUCUUAUACAGGCUAUGUCUUCAUAAAAAAUCAUGUAAAACUAAAUUGUUGAUGAAACCUAAAAAGAAAUAAUUAAAUAAAUGUCAUCACUUAAAUACAAUAAAUCCAUUUUAUCUCAGAUGUCAAUCUACAAUUUUGGGUACUUUAUUUAUUUACUUUACUAAUGUGAAGUGAUUUUACAACACGUUUCCCCUAGGCACUUUAAACAUUUACUUUAAAUCAUCCAGGGCAAUUAGUUAAAAUUGCUUUAUUUAAGGAAAAUUUUCAUUGACUUUGCUGAAAUUUCUAAUCUUGGAUGAACAUGUAGCUACAGUGGACAUUGUCUUGCAUAUUGUUGUUGAUUUGCAGCAAUCACUCACGCUGAGAAAUCAUGCAACAGUGAAGGAUGAAACUCAGGUGUUUACCCCUAAACCCAGACACGAAGCAAAAAUAGUAGCAAUAAUUUGGACUUUUAGACUGAAACUCAACUUUAUUUAUCCAUUUGGAUUACUCCUUCCAGGAAAUUCUGGUUAAAGUACCUUAUAUAGAGUACAAAGGGUAGAGUGUUAGGGUGAUUAUCAUUGAUGAUGUGUGAGUUUAUUACACAAUAUAACCUGCCUGUUGUGUGUCAGAACUAAUGUUUUCCCCAGUAGUUUAUCUA